AAUAUUAUCAGUACUGGGUUCUAGCAAAGCAUUAGGUUUUAUAUACUUGGGUGUCCUUUAAAUAAAAAGAAACACACAGCAUGUAUAAAUGUAAACAUUCCGCUUAUCUGAGUUCACCAGCCUGUGUUAUAUUUACUUAGCAAUUUACCAUUGUCUCUAGCAGGCUGGUGUUAGGACCCAGCGAGAGUUCCUAAUGCUGGGAUAUAAAUAGUGUAGUGGAAUAGGACAAAGUUUGAGGAGUGAACAUGACAUCACUAAAGCUUUCUCUCCACCCUAAAUAUUGUGGGAUGGAGGUACACAUUGUCAGGAUCUAAACUCGGAUUCUUCAGAGGUGACAGGGAGAAGAACAACAGAUGCCUUAGGAUUUUGGAGUUUACUGUUUCCGCCGGUACCUGGUGCAGAUCCCAUAUGGAUAACUGAGCUAAUGCUGGGCAAAAGUGAGAAAGGGCAGCAAACGUGAAAAGAGUGGGAACAGAGCAGAGAAAGAGAAAGAUAUGCAAAGCUUAAGCUUUCUGCUCUUCAUGCGAACCAAUGACUCCAGGGGAACAGAUCUUUUGUAGCAAGUUAAGAAAUAUUGCACUGAAAAAAGCUUGCCCUUGUGCUAAAUUUGCUGACAGUCAACUCAAAGACUUGAUAGCAUUGUGGGCAUCAGAUAUCUGAGUAAAGGAUUACACCGAGGUCCUGCUUUGUAUUGUUUCCAUGGAGUGGUCACUGCAAUUCUGGAUGGUCAUUCUGUGUCUGAAUCUGUGUGGGAGUCAGGCUCCUAAGAACAAUUCUUGGUUUCAAGAUCAACCAGGCUUCAAAGUCCUGACCUCAGCCUCACAUUACUGGCCUCUCGAGGUGGUGAAUGGAAUUUUACAGCUGCAUCACAACAGUGAAGACAUAAGAGGUCCUCAUAAUGAAAGUGAUACAACUGUCGCCAUCCACAACGUCACUGUGCUUCAUUCCCAUAACUCUUCCUCUGUUCAUAUCAAUGAUUCUGCCUACUCUAACUUCUCUGCAACUGUAGACAUCGUAGAGGGGACAGUGAACCAGGGAAUUUACCUGAAUGAGCACCUCAAUGAAUCCAAUGGAUUUUCUCUAUUAUACUUUGGAAGCCACAAAAAUUCCUGCAUUAGUAACCCAAGUAUUUGCGGGCCUUCAGGAGUAACAUUUUCCUUUUUCUGGAAGAUCCAAGACCAAAAAGACAACAGUCAAGAUCCUCACCAGAAUAGAAAGCAAGCACAUGCUUCAGGGAAAAAAGUAACAUCUAGCGGCUUUGAAGUCUUCUCGAAUGAAAAAGAGGGUUAUGUGGUUGUUUACAACCAUAACAAAUCAUUGAUAUGGAAAGCAAAGAUCAACCCCCCAGGUCUACACUGGACACAUGUCUUAUUUACCUGGACUUCGAACGAUGGCCUGAAAAUUUAUGUUAAUGGUACAUUGAGCUACAGCGACUUAUCCGGGCAGGAAUUCCACAGUUACGGAGAUGCAAACGGUAGUCUGGUUGUGGGGACUGAUUCCUCGAAACACUACAUAAACUGUGCAUUUGAUGAGUUUAUCAUCUGGGAAAGAGCACUUAACCCCUCUGACAUCCAUUUCUACUUUUUGGCUGCCACUGGUAAAGAAGCCUUUAUUACUUCUACAACUUCAACCUUCCCCAGAACUUCACUUCCUACGGUUUCCACAGAUGCUUAUUAUUCCACGUUGAUCAACCUGAACCAAGAUGGCAGGAGUAUUCGCCACUCAAAACCUGCCCUGGACUUGCUGCAGAAUGUGACAUGGGCCCUGCCCAAAAAGUCCUUGUCAAAAGAUACAGCAGGAAAGCUAACUGAGGCAUUCCUGAAAACAGUGGGAGAGGUUUUGAUGCCUGCAGGGACAGAUGACUCCACUGAUAAUGUGGGGGGCCUUAUUGAAACUGUUGAUCAAGUGAUUGGACAUAUGGCAGUCAACCUUCAAGAAAACCAAUCAGAUAUUGUAACACUGGAGGGAAAAUCAUCCGUUGCAGAUUAUUCCAUGGUGAAGGUGCCUCAAGCUUUGAGUUUACGCCACUAUCGCUUUCCAUCUCAAGGCCAGUCUUACAUCUCUGUUCCAGGGGAAGCUUUUCAAGGCAAAUCACGGACAACCAUCGUUGGAUUGCUUUAUCAUACAAUGCACUACCUCUAUAAGUGGAUCAAGCCUGGUGAUACCAGGAUAUCAGGGGCAGAGCAAUAUAAAGAUCACUUGAUUGCUGCCAGUUACAUUAUCUCUCUAAAAGUGGAGCCUCCUCCAAAUCUGUCUGCGAAUCUCUCUGGAUCCCCGCUGAUUACAAUUCAAUUGACGCACAUUCUUACUCCUAAACUGUAUGCUGAAGCCGUGAAUGACAGUAACCAUGUCUAUAUGUACUGUUCCUUCUUAAACUUCAGUUCGGGCUCUGGAGUAUGGUCAAAUAAAGGUUGUGUUCGUGUUGAAGGCAAUUUGAAUUACUCUGUCUGUCGCUGCAAUCAUCUUACCAACUUUGCUAUUCUGAUGCAGGUGGUCCCGUUUAAGGUUGCGGAAAGCCACAAGGUGGCACUGUCCUCCAUCACUUACAUUGGUUGUUCCCUGUCGAUUUUCUGUCUGGCAAUUACAUUGGUCACAUUUGCUAUAUUGUCGUCUGUCAGCACCAUAAGAAAUCAGCGAUAUCAUAUCCAUGCCAACCUCUCCUUUGCAAUCCUGGUGGCUCAGAUUCUGCUCCUCAUAAGCUUCCGUUUUGUGUCAGGGACGCUGCCAUGCAAGAUCAUAGCCAUCCUGCUGCAUUUCUUCUUCCUGAGUGCAUUUGCAUGGAUGCUUGUGGAAGGUCUGCACCUCUACAGUAUGGUGAUUAAGGUGUUCGGUUCAGAAGAGAGCAAGCACCUCUAUUAUUAUGGAAUUGGAUGGGGCUCUUCACUUGUUAUCUGCAUUGUAUCUGUAACAUCUGCACUGGACAGCUAUGGAGAAAGAGGAAAUUGCUGGCUUUCUCUUGAAAAGGGAGCAAUCUGGGCUUUUGUGGCUCCGGCACUGUUUGUGAUUAUGGUUAAUAUUGGCAUCCUUAUAGCAGUAACCAGAAUCAUUUCCAGAAUCAGUGCUGACAACUACAAGGUGCACAAAGAUGCCAAUGCAUUUAAGUUGACAGCAAAAGCUGUUGCUGUGCUUUUGCCAAUUCUAGGCAGUUCCUGGGUCUUUGGAGUUCUUGCUGUUAAUGACCAAGCAAUAGUUUUUCAAUACAUGUUUGCAAUAUUCAACUCAUUGCAGGGAUUUUUCAUCUUUCUUUUCCACUGCCUCCUGAACUCAGAAGUAAGAGCAGCAUUCAAGCACAAAACCAAAGUUUGGUCACUCACCAGUAGUUCCAUUCGCAACAUCAAUGUGAAGCCUUUCAACUCAGACAUUAUGAAUGGAAACAGAGCUAACACGACUCCUACAAAGAUGAAUACAUGGGAUAAAAGUAGCAACUCCGCCAAUAGGAUUGACUUGUCUGCAGUGUAAAGUAGAGAGGACUCCACUGUCAACAAUGAAGACCUGUAGUGCCUUUCAUGUACUUUAUUGCCUUAAUUCCAGUUCAUGUCAUCUUUUCUUACUUACAAGUACACUCAACAAAGAAAAUAUCACCAUUGGUUUGUAUUAUUUACAGGACAGGAACAAAAUGGUUUACAGAUGGUUUCUUGCGAAAAUACUUAGCUCUUUGAACUAUUGUGCACUGUUAGCUGCAUGUGGAAUGGAGGCUCCGAGAACUGCCCUUUCAUACUGUCUUUGAUACAUGAAUAAAAAUGAAGAAAACAAUGUUGAAUGCAAUACAUAUUCUUACAGUCACUGUACCGAAACCCUGUCUUUCUUUCUUGGCUUUUAGGGAUUACUUUUUUUGGCACAAAUACUGUUAGUAAUAUACAUGUUUGGACUUAAAAACUGCCUUUUCAUAUAUAGAGAAGCAAGGGAAAAGACAUAGGUUUUGCAAGUGAGAGUAUGAUGGCAUGCGCCUCUUCAAUGGCCAAGAAAUUUGCGUUGAAUACUGAUGAGGCAGGGACAUUUUACUCUUACAAGCAAAUUGCAGUCAUAGUUUUGCACUGCUGCCUGCACAUAUAACAUUUUUACACACUGACUCACACAUGCACAAAACUUGGUUGAGGAAUAUUUUAAAUGAGAGCAGGUGGCUACAAGAAAGAAAAUGGCUUAGAGACACUAUUCUACAGUACAUACUGUAUAUAAUUUGCUAUAUUAUACCUACUAUGUAAUUUGUAAAUGUCAUUUUAUCAUCUUAAAUUCAGCAAAUAUUAUUUUUGUACAAUACAGAAAUUAGAUAAUUUCUUUACAAAUGUUUUUUAAAUCAUUUCAAAAGCUAAUGAGAUCCUGAAGUGUUUGGGUGUCAAAUUUGCUGUGACUUUGGGCAGGAAGCCUAUGCAAUACAUUUACUAUAAAAUGAAAUGUGUAGCCCGUUGGGUUCUUCUUCUGUUGUUGAACUCCAAAUCCCAGAAUCCAUUGGCUGGCAUGGCUGCCUCUAGUUGUCAAGCGAUGAUGGAAGUUGCAAUAUAAUAGCAGCUGAAGGCUCAGGUCAGACUUGCCUAAUCUAAGAUAAUAUUGUGAACAUUACUGUGAAAGAUUUCAUUUUCUGUUGAUUUAAUAUAAUACAUUAUUUUUUGGGAGACAAACACUGCAAAUUUUGCUGACCUGAUUUCGAAAUCCAUUGGUCUCACAGUGUGCUAAAUCAACUACCUGUUUUAUUAAGCCGAAAAAAGCAAAUCCACAGCUUGCUUUAUUUUAAUUUAUUGUAGAAGGCUAGGGCACAUUAGCAUUUUGGGCUGUGGAUCCAUCUGUAAUAAUUUAAGGUAAGCAAUUUUGGUGACAGCCACAUACUGCUGAUCCAAGGCCCUGAAUAUUUAUAUGACAAAUGACAUCACAAUUCAGGCAUCUGACCAGGCUUGCUUGCUCUGAAACCAAAUGCAUCAACUCUUUCAUUUCAAUGAUGGAGAUCCCAGCUUCGAUAGCAACCACCCUUUCCAUUAUGUCUUUAAAUCUAUGCGUCAAAUGUGAUGCAAAGUAAUAUAAAUUACAUAGAACAAGAUAUUUAGACUUGUGUUCAUAAAUCAUGUUUGUAUUUGCUUUUAACCUCAUACCCAUACAACAGAGGUUUUAAUAUUGAUGUUCUGAGCUCAACCUUAUACCUUUUAUAUACGAUCAUAUGGAUUAAUUUCAUUCUUUACUGUAAAGAUGUUUAAAUUUUCAUUUUGUUUUCUUAAUCCAGAAAUCCUGUAUAUAUUUAUAUGUACAGGUAUACUACAGGCACAAAAAUGACCAUUGCUGUCCUUUUCUAUUCCUUGCAGGGCAUUGUGAUUUAUUUGCAAAAUGCCAAGUACAUGUAUGGGAUCUGUUAUCCAGAAUGCUCAGGAAAUUCAGUUUCAUGGAUAAGAGAUCAUUCUAUAAUUUGUAUCCCCAUACCUUAAGUCAACUGUUUUACCCCCGAUAAGGAUUAAUUAUAUCUUAGAUGGGUGCUCUAAUUAUAUCCUAGAUGGGUACUAUUUAAUUAUUAUUACACAGAAAAAAAAAGUCAUCUUAAAAACAUGAAAUAUGUAUUUAAAAUGGAAUCUAUGGGAGGCAGCCUUUCCGUAAUUUGGAUAACAGAUCUCAUAUCUUUACCAUUUCCCCUCCAAGUACACUUUAUGCAUCGCUGUAAGCAGAAGAGACUAGUGAUGAGCGAAUCUGUCCCAUUUCAUAUCUCCGAAAAAUUCUCAAAACUGUGCAAAAAUUCGCGAAACGGCAAACAAAUGAGUGAAACAGAACACCAUUUUUUUUUUGCUGUGCGUCAUUUUUGUAGAAGACUUCAUUAGAGUCUAUGGACAUUUUUUUCUUGGCACCUUGUUUCUGCUUUGGGGUUACCAAUAAAAAUUGGGAGGACAAAAUCGUAUGCAUUUUCACUGCUACACACAUGCCCUACUUUGUUAGAGGAUCUUCUGUCCACUAGGCUACAACUUUUUCAGUAGACAAAAGGACUCCCAAUUUAUUAAAAAAAUAUGUCUGUGGUUUUGACAUUACAUCUGGUCAACUGAUAAUGGUAUCUACUAUCUACUAUCUACUGGUAUCUAAGCUAAUAAUAAAUCCAAUAGAUAAUAUCUGGGUGAUAUCCCAUGUUAAAAUGAAUAAACCAUAUAUUUAUGUGUACAGUAUAUCCUUAUAUAGACAGGAGGAUGGCUCAGAUGCCUUUGGUUGAUGGGGAAGGAUAAAAUGACAUAUGCUAUUGUUGCUCUUCUUUUUUAUUUAUGCAGUUUUGCAAAAAUAACCUGGACGUUUACAGUGAUCCUGUACAAGACAAAAAUUUUCGCUCAUCACUAGAAGAGAAAUCUGCUAGCAAAUUUACAUGCAACCACUGAGCAAUCUGCGGGUAAAUCCACUUCUGAAGUGGUGAGGGAUUCACAUUGCAGGAUAUUCACUUUUCCCAUGCCCAUAAUUAAAUAUGUAAAUGUCUGUAAAUGCAUUAGAAGAGCUUCAGUUGUAAAAUAUGCUGUUUCCACAAGAUUAAGGCAAGCAAUGAUUUCUUGGUCUCUUUACACCAAGGAUCCCCAACCUUUAGAACCAGUGAGCAACAUUCAGAAGUAAAAGGAGUUGGGGAGCAACAAUAGCAUGAAAA